AGCUGUGGAGCUGCAGAGAGCGGCUGCAAAGGAGCGCUGCGAUUCCUCAACAGCUCUUGUUUUUGAAGUUGAUCUCACUUCCCAAGGAGAAGAGACUAUAGGGAAUCUAACGCAAAAAUAAUAAAGUAUAACCACAGAUUACUUUAGAUUCACCUGGCAGACACAUAUAGGGGAGAAUCCGUCGCGCAUCGUUGCUGUCCGUCGAUGCGAGUGGACACAUGAGCACUUGGGCGGUGGGUAGGCUGUACUGCUCCGGUCUGUAGGCUUGUUGUACACACGGUGGCAGGCACGCAGGCAGGCAGGCAGGCACAAGUUGGGAGAGCACCGAGAGGAGUUUGACAGACUUGCCAAUGUGAGCAACACUUCAGAACCAAGGACAGAUCCAAACCGCUGCAUGGCAAACAUGCUCAAAGUGAACAACAUCUGGACUGCGCUCGUCACAUGAAGGCUCUGCACGUUGCCUCUGUAUUGUCGCACGGCUUGUGGGAAGGAGACCUGCAGAUAUAUCCGGCAAGAAACAUCUAGUGCUACAACCAGGAAAUAUCAAAGAUGCUGCACCCACUGAGAGAAGACUUGAAAGCGAUCCGCCUCCAGUCUCUGUGAACCUCUGCUCCUCUCUACUUCAGCCUGCUGAACCCUGCCACCUGAUCCUGCCAUGCUGAGUGUAGUGCUCUGCCCCAGGUCGCUGGCCAAGUCUGCCCAUUACUGGCCUCUCCACAUGCUCCUGCUGGAGCUGCUGAUACCGGGGGUCCUGCCCAACAUCUCCAGAUUACCACCCGCGGCCAAACGGGAGAUCAUCAUGGACGGGGACUUGGUAAUUGGAGGCCUGUUCCCGGUGCACCAAAAAGGUGAUGGCACGGAGGACUGUGGUAAGAUAAACGAAGAGAGAGGGAUCCAGAGAUUGGAAGCCAUGCUGCUGGCACUUGAUGAGAUUAACUCCAGCGAUCGCAUCCUUCCCGGACUCCAGCUGGGGGCCCACAUCCUGGACACCUGCUCCAAGGACACAUAUGCUCUGGAGCAGUCUCUAGAUUUCGUAAGGGCCUCCCUCACCAAGGUGCAUGAUCCAGGCUUCAUCUGCCCAGACGGCUCCAGACCUGUCCAAAACGAGGUUCCACUGGCCAUCUCCGGGGUCAUUGGAGGAUCCUACAGCGACGUUUCCAUUCAGGUGGCCAACCUCCUGCGAUUGUUCCAGAUCCCUCAGAUCAGCUAUGCCUCCACCAGUUCAAAGCUCAGCGAUAAGACCCGCUAUGACUACUUUGCCCGCACUGUACCCCCUGACUUCUACCAGGCCAAGGCCAUAGCCGAGAUCCUGCGUUACUUCAACUGGACCUACGUGUCGACAGUAGCGUCAGAGGGCGACUACGGUGAGACUGGCAUUGAUGCCUUCCAGCAGGAGGCACGCACUCGCCAAAUCUGCAUCGCCACCUCAGCCAAGGUGAGCCGCUCCAUGAACCGCCAGGGCUAUGAUAAUGUGAUCCGUGCUCUGCAGCAGAAGUCCAACGCCAAAGUGGUCAUUCUGUUCACCCGCAGCGAAGACGCCCGUGAGCUGCUGGUGUCCGCUGCUCGCAUGAACGUCACCUUCACCUGGGUGGCCAGCGAUGGAUGGGGAGCGCAGGAGAGUGUGGUGAGGGGCAGCGAGACAGCAGCAGAUGGGGCUUUCACCAUCGAGCUGGCCUCUUACCCAAUCAGAGAGUUUGAAGACUACUUCACCAAGCUAAACCCGUACACCAACACAAGGAACCCGUGGUUCAAGGAGUUCUGGGAGCACCGGUUCAGCUGUAGCCUUCAGGAACAUGGCUGUAGUGAACACAGCCUGCGAGAUGGAACUUUUGAGCAGGAGUCCAAGAUCAUGUUUGUGGUGAAUGCAGUCUAUGCCAUGGCCUACGCUCUGCACAACAUGAGGCAAGCUGUAUGCUCCAACACAUCCAAGGUUUGUGAUGCUAUGAAACCAGGUAACGGCAAAAGGUUCUACAAGGAGUUCAUCCUGAAGACCAAGUUUGAUGCUCCGUUCAGACCCGCAGACGCAGAAAACACAGUGCGCUUUGACUCUUUUGGUGACAGCAUCAGCCGCUACAACAUCUUCCAUUACCACAAAGAAGAAGGGAAAUUCGUCUACAGGAAGGUUGGCUACUGGGACCAGAUCCUGACCCUGAACACCACCCUGGUGCCCUGGCGUGACCUCGUACCGCCCACAUCCCAGUGCAGCGACCCCUGCAGGAAGAACGAGGUGAAGAGCAUGCAGCCUGGAGACGUGUGCUGCUGGAUCUGUAUCCCCUGUCAGCCCUACCAGUACCUACAGGAUGAGUUUACCUGUGCUGACUGCAGCUUCGGUCGGUGGCCCCUGGCUAACUUAACUGGCUGCUAUGAUCUGCCUGAGGAAUACAUCCGAUGGGAGGAUGCCUGGGCCAUCGGGCCUGUCACCAUCUCCUGCCUUGGCAUACUGUGUACUCUGUCGGUAGUGGGCCUGUUCUUCAAGCACAAUGAGACGCCUGUGGUUAAAGCAAGUGGACGUGAACUCUCCUACAUCCUCUUGUUGGGAGUGCUGAUGUGCUACCUCAUGACCUUCAUCUACAUCGCCAAACCUUCCACGGUUGUUUGCACCCUACGUCGACUCGGCCUGGGCACCUCGUUCGCAGUGUGUUACUCAGCUCUUCUAACCAAGACCAACCGUAUCGCUCGCAUCUUCAGCGGGGUGAAGGACGGAGCCCAGCGGCCGCGCUUCAUCAGCCCCGCCUCCCAGGUAGCGAUCUGCGGCGCUCUUAUCUCCUGUCAGCUGCUUGUGGCUGUCAUCUGGCUGCUGGUGGAGGUGCCAGGGGUUCGGAAGGAAGUGAGCCCGGAGAGGAGAGACGUGGUCACCCUCAAGUGCAGCAGCAGGGACUCCAGCAUGCUCAUGUCACUCACCUACAACUGCAUCCUCAUCGUCCUCUGCACCGUCUACGCCUUCAAGACGCGGAAGUGCCCUGAAAACUUCAAUGAGGCCAAGUUCAUUGGGUUCACCAUGUACACUACCUGCAUCAUCUGGCUCGCUUUCCAGCCCAUCUUCUAUGUCACUGCCAGCGACUACAGGGUGCAGACCACCACCAUGUGCAUCUCCGUCAGUCUGAGCGGUUCGGUGGUUCUCGGCUGCCUCUUCGCCCCCAAAGUUCACAUCAUCCUGUUUCAGCCCCAGAAAAACGUGGCCACACUGAGAGUCACCGCCAACCGCUUCAGCGCCACGGUGUCUGCUUCUGCCACCGCUCCCAGCUCCAGCUACUCGAAAGGAUCAGCCUCUAACUACGUGCCAGCAGUUUGUAACGGCCGUGAGGUGGUGGACUCUACAACGUCCUCUUUGUGAACAAAAUAAAAGAAAAAAAGAUUCCUCUGUAAGCACAAGAAACCAACCCGUCAUCAUUCAUCCCUCCAUCAAACAGGGCUGUGUUUGACGCAGCCCCCAUGCCAUCCAACAUGCUGCGGAGAGAUAACUCUGUCUGGGUAGACUGACUGACAGUGGCGAGGGUAACUCUUAACUGUGAAAGCUAAACGAUGUUCCUACAGCGAGCAGUAUGUAUCAAUUGUAAAGCCUUUUUUUGUAUAGAUUUAAUAUGCUGUGAUCUCCUUGGUUUACAGAUAGAUGUGUUUAAAUGCACCGUGCCUUGUCCUAAAGAGUCUUGUUGUCAAAUGGGUGGUCGUGAAGCAAUAGUGUUAAACAAAAACAAAAAGGCUGUUCUUAUCUUGUCCUUGCAGUGCUGUGAAUAUAUCCAAAUGUUGUAGACAUUGACAAAAAAAAAAAAAAGAAUUGCUAUGAAAUAAAAUUUAGCCCUUCUGUCCUACACAAUAUGUGACUAACGUUAGUGGACGUGAUGAAAAGUAGGCAACUAGACAAUAUAAAGGACGUGUGUUCAAGUGUAGACUGGUAUAACAGUGUGUGCUUUCCUGUAAUUUAUGUACAUAAAAUGUUUUGUAAUAUUAAAAGAUUAAAUAUUGCUGUGUUUGGGUUCACACUUGUGAUUCUUGACACUGUUCAAACUAAAUGCAGCUAUUCAGAUACAAUAACAGCGUGUUUGUUUUUCCUCUUCAAAACCAAAUUAACUUAAAAGAAAAUGUCCUCCACUUUUACCAGAAUAAAUCAAACAGCUGAAGAUGUUAAGUUUGAGUUUCUUUCCAACAGGUGCAGCAUGAUUUUGAAUUCUGCUCUAAUAAAAGACUUGUAUUUGGUGCUCAGACUAUUGCUGUAACUGCUA